AUGGACGUAUCGAAGGAGGCACAAACCAAACCGCUUUCUACCUUGUCUUCGUUUAGUUACAUCCCACCACGAAGAAAGGAAACAAAAGAAACGUCGUUCUUUAACAAAGUCUCAGAGGUCCCAGAAGUCUCCAUGUACGACCGAGUGUUCCACCAGGCUGAGGGUUACGACAUGAGACUGCGUCGAGAUGACAGAAAACACGAUAAAGGAAGAGGACUAGAAAUAAACAAAGAGGAGAAGUCCCGAGCAGUUCCCGUGUGCUCCUCUUCAGAAUACGGCCGUCGUCCUGUACCCGCCAUCUACCAACCGGGCCGGCAGCACUCACGUGUGGCUUGCAUACAAGCUGAAUUUUUCAUGAAAAAUGGGAUCAUCUGGAAUGUGGAGGAAGGAUAUGGAUCUGUGGCCCCUAUCUGA